AUGUCAUCAACGAUACCCUUUCAGCAGCAUGACCAAUAUCCAGUGUCUCCUUGGACACGCACAAUGGAUCGAUUGUAUACUCCCAGUCCCACGCCUGCUGAUAACAUCAAUGCAAAUGACACACCUCUUUUUGGCAUGGGCAAUGAGGGUGAUGAGAAGCACCAACAACAGCAUGGCGGUGGGUCCGUGACAACCGAGAUGCCGCUUGGACAAGAAUCAGCCAUACCAGCACCACGCCGAAAACGCAACAACUCCUUGAUUCCUCCCGAGUUGAUGAAUGACAAUAGCGAAGGUGGACGUGAGCGUGCAGCACUUGCAACCGUGUUUGGUGUACGCGAAUAUACAGAGUCCAAGAUAUUCUGGGAACGACAAGUUGCAGCAUACCAUGAAGGGCCUAUCAGCACUAGCACCGGUUCACAUUCGGCAGCAGGAUCAGACGACAACAAUAACAACAAUCACUUGGCAGAGGAUGGCUUCGUUUCUAUCACGAGUAAAUCGAUUGUCAGUAGUCCUAUUGGAGGAACAUCUACAACACACACACGAGAAAAGAGGAAAAGUGGUGCUUCAAUUACCCAUUUGGUCGAUUCAGUCUUUGAUAGCAAUGCAUCUUCUACUGCUACAACUGCUCCCCUUACGACUACAACUCCUCCUGUUGCUACAGACAACCAACAUCAUCAUUCAACAAUAACAUCAUCAACAUCGACAUCAUCACCAUCACCACCACCACCCAAUUUCUCUUUGCCUGAUAUUCCAGUGGUCAGCGAGUUUAAUGAUUUGAUGGUCAUGAGCAGUAAGAGCAUCAGUACCCGAGCAGCACGUAUUGAACGACCUUCCACGGCACCACCCUUAUCGAUAUUGACAACUUUUCAACCACGAGCAUCAUCAGUGGCAUCUUCAUCCUUAUCAGGGCUUACGUUGGAUCAUGAGGAGGUAUCAAUUGCUGGAUCUGAACAACAACAACAGCAGCAGCAUAUGAAUGAUAUGACACCACCUUUGGUAUUCACAGAACCUCCCGCCAUUUUCGAUCUUUUAUUAUCCGAUGAUGAUGAACGUAUCGUUGUUUGGGGUCCUGAUCCACAAGCUGUAUCUGCUUCCAUGGCAACUACCACCAUUGCAGGAAAGACAAUUCCAUCAUCACCACAACCACCACCUGGAGCUUCAUCCACAGCAUCUUUUGCAUCGACACAAACAGCACCUCCCAAUAUCAAAGGUUUCUCAUCCAACACCACCGCCACAGUAUCCAAUCCUACUCCACCUGCUGCUGCUGCUGCUGAUACAUCUAAACAACGACGCAGGGGUCGAUGGUCAGGGCAACUGUUACCGGAUGGAUUCAAACUUGUUUCCAAAUCAUCAUUACCCUUAAGGAGAAACAGACCACAUUCCCAGCUUGCAUCCUCAACCAAUGAUGAUGUACGUGAAUCCAUCCUCUUCAAGUUUGCAAAGAGACAUGGUCGCAAAGACAAGCAUCGAGAUUUCCAUGACAACAACAACAACAACAAUACCACUGGCCAUACACAACUUGCAAAGUUACCCAAAGUGAUUGAAGCUGCCACCAUUGAAAAGCUUGUGGAGAAGCUUACAAACACAUUAGACUAUACAUUCAUGACCGAUUUCUUCCUCACCUAUCGAGCGUUCAUUUCUCCUACACAACUAUGCAAGCUACUCACAUUGCGAUUUCGAUGGGCUCUCCAAAACGACGACGAAUGCAGGCGUAUUGUACGCAUACGUACGUUUGUGGUGCUACGACAUUGGCUUCUCAACUACUUUGUGCACGAUUUUAUCCCAUGCCGAGAAUUGCGUGUGUACCUGACAUCGUUCCUGAAUGAGCUACCUUAUCACCGACUCAUCCGCAAUUCGCCACGUGACCAGCGCAUUGUCAAGAGUUUGAAGCGUGUGGUGCGACGACUCAAAAAAGUGUACUAUGUGAGCUCAUCAGCGUCUGAAAGAGUCAAAGUGAUCCCACCUCCACCGCCUACUGAAGACCAAGAACGCAUUGAAGAAAUGGUACGAGCCAAGUUGGCACAAAGUUCAAUUCGUCGAAAGACAGCGUUGGUGAGCAGUAUGAACGUGAGUGAUCGACAUCAUGGCAACAUGGCUGUUCAAGAUACAAGAUUGGCACCUGUCGUGGUGGUUGGUAGCGUUCGUACGGCCAAAGGAGGAUCAAGUGGGAGAGGAAUCAGUGGUGCGGCAAGUCCUAUGGAUAUGUCACGUGCUUCACCUACAACAGGCGUACGACGCAACAUGUCAAGCACAUCCAUUCCAAGAUUCCGACGCCGUGAUCAACGACAAGAAAUUGAAGCUGUAAAGUCAUCGUAUAUGAAGCGUAUGGAACAACAAAGACGUGCCAUGUCGGUGGAUCUCAAUACAACAUCAUCCAGUCUCAAAGAAGCACCACCCACACCCAUCCCACAAGAAGACGAAGAAGAAGAACAACAACAGCAAACGAGAGUACCUGAAAGCUCACGAUCCAGCGUGUUGACGGAUGAUUCAUUGGAAAGUGCACUUUCACCUGGUACAACGGACGUUGAAAUGAGCUCUGAUGACGAUGACGAUGAUGAAGAUGAAGAAGAAACCAGUGAUGAAGAUGAGGAUGAGGAUGACAAGCAAUUGGUUGCAAAAUUGGAAAACGAGCGAGAACGGCGUGAAAAGGAAGAGGAGAUGAAUCGAGCCGAGUUUUUUGCAUCAACACGCGCUACCAGUGAACCCUCUUCACCUACACCUGAUUCACCUACUUUACGUGAAAGGAAGCUCUUGCAUCGAUCUCAGCAUAUUGUCAACUCUUUGCCACCUAUGCCAAACCAAGAAGACGCUAUGGAUCAACAAACGCAUUUACAAGAAGUGGAAAGUACGGCUGAAAGUGAUGCUGCAAGCAAGAGUCGUCGUUCAAUCAGCGUUGCUGCAGAAUCCAAAAGCUUGCCUGAUCGUGUGGCACGACCCUCCUUAGCGUCUUCGAAUGAUGAUGCCAAAAUGUCAUCUAUUUCACAUCCUGAUAUGCCACACCACCAGCAACCUACUUCAGCUACGAGUCCUACACGCAUUGUUGAACUUGAUUUGCCAAAACCCCAUAUCCCAUCGAGUCUACCACCUUCAGAAUCACCUUCAAGACGUACAUCAGCCGUUUAUCCCAAGCCAUUUAUCCUGUAUUAUCGAUCGGAGCGUAUGGCUAAGCAACUAUGUCUUAUUGAAGCACAAGCACUCCUUGGUAUUGAUUGGGAAGAGAUGGUGCAUUGCCGUUGGACAAAGAUGCCUGCUACCAGCACCGGGAUGGGUGACGAAUAUAGUGAAUACACCGAUGAUUUGGAUGAUCCUGAUAUCAACUAUACACGCCGCACGCGACAAAUGCAACUUGCACGACGUGAACAUGAAGGUGGUAUUGAGCAAGUGAUCAAGCGCUUCAACGACGUAUGUCAAUGGGUGGCUAGUGAGAUUGUACAUACACGAGCAUUGGAUGAGCGUGUCAAGGUGGUGGAAAAGUUUAUUCGAUUGGCACAGAAAUGCAAGCUGUAUUGUAACUUUGCUACCUUGGUCCAAAUCCUUCUUGGAUUGCAAUCGCCAGCCGUAUCACGAUUACGCAAAACGUGGGAUAGAGUGGGCUCCAAUGAGAUGCGUAUCCUGGAUCAAUUGUCAGCGUUUACAUCACCCAUGAAGAAUUGGAAGCAUAUCCGAGAUAGCAUGACUGAGGUAGCUGAAGAAUAUGGCAUGUCCCCAGUGGAAGUACAGGUCGAAAUGCCAGGCACCAACAAUCAUGGAUUUGGCAAAAGCAAGAUCAAGAUUCCCUUUGGUGGAUGUAUCCCAUUCCUUGGUAUUUACCUAUCCGACCUUGUCUUUAACUCGGAGCAACCCCCUUAUUUGCAACCCUCGCAUGACCAUCAUCGUAUCUACUAUGCAAACAAUCGCACCAUGUCCAUUACGCCGUCCCUGCUCAAACAGCCACUCGUCAACUUUCGAAAGCAUCGCAUCACUGCCACCGUCAUCAAGCGUGUCCUCACUUUUCAAAAUUUGGCACGCCGUUACUCUUUUGAACGAGAUGAUGAGCUUUACUUUUUAUGCGCUGAAGUACGUGCAUCUGACCCAGAUACCAUUCGAAAGCUUAGCCAUACCAUUGAACCUUAG